CUUCUUGGUUUCAGAGAAAAUCCUGAUCCAGUUAACCCUCAAGCCGCAUUUCCUGUGGGCAGAAAGGCUUCAAUGGAUAUUGCACCCAAAACCUGGUGAAGAUGUGGUCCUGGGUGGAAAUUUCUGGUUUCUUCCAGGUUUGUAUGGAUCCCUGCAGUCCACCAUGGAGUAGAUACACCAAGUCCUACUGACUUCACACAAAACCUUGUCUGUCUGCUUGACACAGUCCUGGAAAGGAUCGGGUCCAAAACCGCUCCACACCAUGCAAGGUUGCCUGUGGAGAUGCGUCGGAGUCCUGGCCUCCUUAGUCAUCCUGGGGUUCUUCAGUGGGGAAAAUAAGGCAGCUCGUGUGGAGUCCAACGCAUCACUGAAUGAAAAGAAAAAAAUAAUACAGCAGAUCGCUCAGGAACAGAUCAGCUCUGAAGUCAAGAGCCACAUGAAAUACUUCACCAAGAUGCAGGAAAAUUCCCAAGUACUCCAGCGUGCCAACUACACGCUUCUGGCUGGAACCUCUCCCCAGGGAAAGUGGCUGCUGACCGUGGGGAUCUCCUCAGUGCAGCGAACCCAUGGGAGUUACCUCUUGGACACCCUGAAGUCUCUUUUCCAAGCUUCCUCAGAACAGGACCUGAAAUAUAUGCUGGUAUUGGUCCUCCUGUCAGACACUGACCCCACAUGGCUCAACCAAAUAGUUGCCAACAUUUCAGGUCUCUUCACGCCACACAUUGAAUCUGGGAGGCUGGCGGUGGUCCACGGUCUGCUUGGUGGCUCCCUAGCAAAGAGCAGAAAUCAUAGCUCACCCUGUGGAGAGCUUUAUGCUAUGCAGAAAACAAGUUCUGUCCUCCUCAUGAAUUUUGCCAGCAACCUCUCUGACUACUUCCUGUUGCUAGGAGAUAAUGUGAGGUGUGCCCCCAGGUUCGUGUCUAACAUCUACUGGGCGGUGUCAGCCUGGAAAGAGCUCCCUUGGGUGAUCCUGGACUUCUCAGGCAUGAAGAUCUCUGGGAAGGUCUUCCACACCAGAGACCUCCCCCGCCUGACCUCCUUCCUGCUCCUCUUCCCCAAGGACGUUCCCACUCACUUGCUUCUCUCUGAAUUCAGUCUUCUCUUGUCUCAAAAUGUUCCAAUUCGCUUCAGUUCCUCCAUCUUCUACCACAUGGGAAAUUACUCUGAGUUUGAAGACACGUGCUUUCCUGAGGAGCAGGACAAGGACUUGGGGGAACCAGACAACCCUGCCGCUACUGUCUUCACAGACAUGCUCUCGUUUUGGAAUACCAUCCCACAAUAUGCCUACAUUCUCAACGAUGACUGCUUAUGGGUCAUGAACCCUUUGGAAGGUAACUACUUGCUGGUGGUUCUGGAUAAGCCACAAAAAGUCAUCCGGGUAGCAGUGCUGACGGGCUCUGCUCACAGUAAGAUGAACUUCUUACAACAGGGACAGAUACUGCUGGGCUAUAGCCUCAUGGACUACCCCAAACGCUGCGCUCACUAUACCUUGGUAGGACCUGUGGUGAGAGGGCAGUUGGACCAGAUGGUAUUUUACGAAGAAGAUGCUGUGAAGGAGAUUAGCUGUAUAAAACUUCUGGUGACAGCAUCUCAUGACUCCUCCAUCAAGAUCCUACAGAUCAUGAUCUGGACAGAGGUCGAGGAAGAGGAGACUUAGAGAAAGACUGGCUCUAGGAAGAGAGAAAUAAAUGCAUCAAUUGACCAAGAAUUUCUCCUCCUCGUGAAUACAGUGAUUAUGUAACUUAUUCUCUAAAGUGAGAUCCUAUGCGGUUGGUUCUUGUAAACUUGACACAAACCUAGACACAUCUGAGAGAAAGUACUUCUGUAACGCUGGCCCAUGGGCAAGCCUGUGGGGCGUUUUCUGAAUUAGUGUUUGAUGUCUUAAACACACAAAAGUGAGCUUCUCAACAACAUCACUCUUUGGCCUCCUGCGCACGUACACACACACACACACACACACACACACACACACACACACACACAAGCUCUGCUAGGAAGUCAGAUGUCAUGGCCCAUGCCUAGAAUCACAGCAAUUAGGGUGUGGGGGCUCAAAAAUUCUCAGUUACCUCAAUACUAGCAAGGGCUCUUACAUGAAACCCUCUCUUAAAAAAAGAAAAAGAAAAAGGAGCUAGAUGUAAUGGCACAUGCCUUUAAUCCCAGUAUGGAGAGACAGAGGCGGGAAGAUCUCUGUGAGUUCAAGGUCAGCCUGGUCUACAGACCUAGUUUCAUGAUAACUAGAGUUACAUAGAGAGACUAUUUCAAAAAAAGAA